UAAAAAAAAAGUAUACAAAAAAAGUUUCUUUGAGAAAGUUGUUUGUAAUCAUGAGUACAAUCACGUGUUUAAAUAUCGUUCACUAAUUACCAGUCACCGUAUAUGCAGCUCAACACAUUGAACGCCGUGGUGGUCACCGGUGACCGACUUUAGCGGAGGAUUUGCCUUCAACAGUUUUCUAUUGGCAGUCAAAGACUUAAGGAUGAACACCAGAUACCCACCACACCAUGAGAACCAGCCCAAGAUGAAGACCAAAUGCAUGUCCUCAGUGACGAAGCCCAUCAUCAGUUUUAGCAGAGAUUUUUGCAAAGAGACCAGCAUGCAUGGGUUCAUCCACAUAACAGCACCACGAAGACAUUGGGUCGAGAGGCUCCUAUGGAUAGUGGUGACUGCCCUAUGUGUCUGGGGUGCUCUGGACGUGGCUUUAGGUCAGCUGCAGCGCUACAAUGAGUCUCCAACGGUUGUGACCUUGGAGAAAGACUUCAGGUCCUGGGAUUUCUACCUACCAGCUCUAACUUUGUGUUUUAAUAACCGCGUAGACAACAAGAAGCUACCAGCCGUGGUGAAGAAGUACUUCGAGGUGGAUCCCUCGGAUGACCAGUACCAGUACUAUGUGAGGCUGGUGAAAGCCAUCGCCAACUCCGACAUCCUCCACCUUGAGGGGUUCCAGGAGUUUGGAGACUUGGAGACCAGCGUCGAUAUGUUUGGUGUAGCUGUUGAUAUAAUGCCAGACUACGUGAUAAAGACGAAGUCAUCAGAUGACAUCUCCUACCCUUGGAUCCCCGUGAUGACUGAGGCCGGAGUCUGUCAUACUACCAACUGUUUAGCAGUCGCCGAUGUAGCUGUCGGACCCGUGAGACCGAACGCCACGGCAGACUGGCCAGGUAGUUGCGCCUACGCAUCUCUGAGCUGCUUCAUCAUCACGGACAUACCAGCCAACGGGAGGUUCUACAUCCACUCCCCAUACGAUGUGAUGGAUCUAUCAGUGGGCUGGACUGACAUCAGACUGACGCUGGUUCGUACUACUGAGCUGAGUGUCAUGGAGUCCCGCUGCGGCGCGGGAGUCAAGGACCUCAGUCCCUCCCGGCGAGGAUGCUCCUACAUGGAUGAGCCGAGAUUGAGUGGGCGGAAGGUCCACAGUACAAAUACGUGUCGGCUCGCAUGCAGCAGCCAGUUGGCUAAAGAUCUAUGCAAUUGUGUACCUUUCUACUAUUUUUAUGACGAUGGUCCGCCCUGCACUCCGAAGGGCAUGUGGUGUUUAGCCAAGAAUGCACAUAUACUAUUGAAGAAUGACGAGAGGAAGUGUGCCUGUGUGCCCCAGUGUAUGGACUCCAGCUAUAAGGAGAUGACUAUUGAGGAACAGGUGUGGAAGAACCCCCCGUUCAACCAGCACGGCUCCAUCAAGUACUCCGUGCAGGCGCCGCAGACCAGGUACACCAGGGAGAUCGUGUUCCACUUCCAGGAUCUAGUUGUAUCAUUCGGUGGUGCGGCAGGUUUGUUCCUCGGAGCAAGCUUCAUCAGCUUUGUCGAGAUCCUGUACUUCGUAGCAGCGAGGCUGUUCAGCCAUAUUUCUGGUGCUGAGGAUAAUAAGAAUAAGACUACUGCUACUACAGUGACUCAAGUAAAACAGGCUGGAGUGUCUCAUGAAACUCUUCGUAUCCAGUACCUGACCGCCGUAUUGAUGGAAGACCAGAAGAAAUAUGACAGCACACCAAGCCAGUACUAUCACUGAAAUAUAAUUUAAUUCACUCUUAAUUAAUAAAGUAGGAAGAGCAAACAUAACCCCUUACUAUAAGCACCUACCAAAUAAAUACUACUUUUUAAGGACACCUUCUCACGUUUUACACCACCCCACAUAAUAUACUAUAUAUUGAUUGAUUGAUCAAAAUCCUUUCUUAGCGGAUGCCUACGUCAUAAUAUUUAUAUUUCUUCUACUUUUAUUGUAAACGAUAAAAUAAUUAGAAAUUAAAACUAUAAUUACUU